UGUUUCAAGUGUGUUUUUGUUGUUUUUUUUUUCUUUCAAUUUCUAAUAUCAGUAAUGGAGUGCAAAACUUAUUUAGCCAAAUCAAAGCUGUGGAAAAUGUACAUAAUUUGUCUAUGCAUCCUCCUUUCAGAAGUAGUCAAGAGUGCUGAGAAUCACAAAACACACAAACAUCAAUCGAAAAGUCUGAAUGAAGAUGAUGAAGAGCUGCUUGAUAUCCUAGAGAAUUAUAAAAAACGUGAGCAUGAACCUGAAAGGUCAAGAUACAACAGUGAAGAGCUGCUUGAUAUCCUAGAGAAUUAUGAAAAAGAUGAGCAGGAAGCUGAAAGUUCAAGAUACAGCAGUGAAGAGCUGCUUGAUAUCCUAGAGAAUUAUGAAAAAGAUGAGCAGGAAGCUGAAAGUUCAAGAUACAGCAGUGAAGAGCUGCUUGAUAUCCUAGAGAAUUAUGAAAAAGAUGAGCAGGAAGCUGAAAGUUCAAGAUACAGCAGUGAUGAACAACCUGAAAUAAUUGAAAUUCGCAAGAUAUAUUUGCGUCCACAUAACAGACAUAGACACCACUAUUAUGGGAAAAAAAGACCUUUGAAAAAGAAAACAACAACUCUACCACCAUCAAAUGUAACAACAUCAUCAGAUAAGAAAACUACAACAUCUCUACUUAUUUCAACAUAUCCAACAUCCAAAACAGAUAGAACAACAGAGACAACCACUUCAUCUUUAGGUACUCUUCAUUUAACAAGCACCGAAUAUCCAACCAUUUUACACGUUAUAGUAAUGGAUAACAUUACUGUAACUCCAACAUCUACAGCAAUAUCACAAAAAACUUUUCAUGUUACAAGUGCUGUUUCUGAAAUAACAGCAAAAAGUACCACUGAAAUGCAAACUUCUUCAACCACAACAGUACCUUUAUCUACUACAGCUAAGGUGAGAACAAUAAACAGUACACUGUCAGCAUUAACACUAAACACAACUGUAGUAAAAAGCAUGGCAGUACACUCGUCAGCCACAUCUUCAGCAAGUCUAAUAAAAACAAGCACUAUAAAAACAACUAAAUUAAUAAGUGAGCCAACAAAACCCAGAACUUCUGCUUCUGUGCCUUUUAUAAUAUCCAUGCCAACUACCUCAUUUAUAAAUUUUGAAUUAUUUACCACAUCUUCAAAGCCUACAACUACAUCCGUAGGAAAGCCAACAUUAGUUGGUACAUCUGUAGUAGAAAUCAUUGAAGCAGCCAGUCUGAAACCAGCUGAGCAGGUUCCUUUGAAUGUUGUAACCCUAUCUGAAGACCGGCAAUCUAAUUUAUCCCAGACGUCGACAACUGUUGUACCUACCACUACCGUUCAAGCAUCUGAAACUAGAGCAAGUAGUAUACCUAUUAAGACAGCUGUUCUAUCCACAGCAACAACAACAACAACAACAACUACAACAUUAAAUGCAAUGAACAACAAGCCUUCUGUGUCGUCAAGUACUAUUGUUUCAAAAAUCAGUGUAGUUCCAACAACAACAACCACUAAUGAACUACAAUCAUCAGUACAGGCAGCAGCUGUUCCAAUGCCAUCCACACAAAUGACAACAUCACUGCCCUCUACACUAACAGCAGAACUUAAACUGUCAGCACUGCCAUUGUCUAGUCAAACAUUGGUAUCGUUUACAGCUCCAGGAGCAAGUGCAAGUACUAGGUUAUCAACGUCAGCCUUGAUUAGCACUGAAACACACGGUGUGACCAAAACAACUCAGGAAUGGUUAAGCACUACAAAAGUGAAAAGUAUAUGGCCAACAGUAAUGUACAGCACAGCAGAAGUAACAAAGUUCAGAGCAGAAAAAUCUACUGUGCCAAGUACUUUGGAAGUCAAAAACACCACAGAUAUACUUGUUACAGAAAACAUUCAACAACAUACUUUGGUUCCAGUUAAUCAGGGACCAUCUUUGAAUGUGACAAGUCUGGCUGUACAGCAGCAGACUAGUGCUACUCGCGGGUUUGCCACUAAAGUGUCCACUACUUUAUUUCAAGGAAUUAAUAAUGUGUCAGUUAGCACACCUAGCAUAUCAACUGUGGUAUCUACAGCCACAGCAAAUGAGUGGCUCACUAAGGUUUCUUUGUUACCAAACAUUAGUGCAGCAGAAACUAGUGCAGCAGAAACUAGUACAGCUCCACUAUCUAGAACAACCAGGUUUCAGCAAUCUUCAGCACAGGAAACAACUAGCUUAAAAAUGUCUACACAAACAAUUACAAAAGUGCCUACUACAAUAGCAACAGAAAGCAAACUGUCAACAAGUACUUUGUCAACUGAAACAACAGCACUGUCUUUUUCCUCUCCAACAGCAGCAACACGCACUGUGUUGCCAACUUCGUCUUUAGGCAAUACUGAUGUAUCAGCUUUGAUUAAAGCAGAAUUAACAAAUGGAACAGCUGCAACAAUUACAGAGCAAGCUACUUCACCAACAAGAUCUACAGCUGAGACAACAUUGAAUGUCACUAAAACUAUAACGCCACAUGCAAUAUCUUCCAUAGAUACAAAGAAUGCAAGUCUAAUUCUAGUACCUGAAACAAUGAUACCACUAACAUCCAGCCUUGGCACAACUCCAGUAACAUCUAGAGCAGAGACAGGAAGUACACUGAGACCUGAAAUUACUGCACAGUCAUCUAAUUCAGCUCCAUUAGGUAUCCUCAUAUCAGAAGCAUCAACACCAGUAUCAACUCAAGGAAGAAUUACAAUAACAGAAAUAUCAGUCGUAUCUUCCACUCCAAAAGGAAUCAGCACUGUGAAACUGCAAGGCACACAAGAAACAACAUCAACAGAGAGUUUAUUGCCUAAUGAACGGACGAGUGGCCAGGCUACUAUAGUACAGCUGGCCAUUACUAACACAAGUUCUCCUUCAUCUUUUCAGACAACACUUAUAUCCACACCACAUUCAAGAGAAACUACAACUGUAGCAACAUCAAUAAACAUCUUCCCACCAAUAUCAAGUUUACAAACGGAGAAAAUAACACAUCUGGCAUCUGAGCAAACAGCUAAACCUUCAAAUACUUCAGAAGUAGUAACUUCAGUAAAUAUGCUCAUAACAGAACAAAUACAAGCAGAAACCUUGAACCCUGUUCAGCAGGGACCAUUUUUCAAGGUGACUUCUCUGCCUGUCCACCAGCAAACAAGUUCUACUCUGGGUUUUACAACUACAAUGCCUGCUAGUACAAGUCAAAGGACUAAUAUUGUGACAAGUGCAUUAACUAGUAAAUCAGUUUCAUCAACAGCCAUGAACAAUGAAGCGAAUAUAAGACUUCCUACAAUAUCAGAAGCUGCUGUUAUGACGACUAGUACUCAAGAGAAAACCAUACCAUAUACAACAUCAUUGGGCGUAACUCAAAAAAUUACAACAGAAAACCUACCUACUGCAUCAACAAAUAUAUACAAUACUUCAGUUUUUAUUUCCCAUGCAGAAACCAAAAAUCCAAAAAGCACAGCAUUUGCAGAAACAAACGAAGAAAACAUUGUUGCACAUACACUCAUACCUAUUUAUCAAAAUCCAUUUGAGGCUGCUACUACAACUGCUCAGACAAGUUCAUCUCCUUCCUCAACAGCCAUGGAUGUAGUGACUAAUUCUUCAACAGCUUUUGUAUGGUCUGUUUGGUCAACAGUCAAAUUAGUGUCAGCAGCUCCUCAGACAGCAGCGACGGCUCAGCUAUUUACACUAAACUUCACGUUAAACAACCUGCCAUUUAUUACCGACCUAAAUAAUCCUUUGUCAAGUGUCUACAACUCUACGGUGACAAAUCUAACUCAAAUGCUAAAUGACCUACUUAAAGCCAGUUACAUUAAAGAUUCUUUCACUGUUUGUCAAAUUCAAGCAUUAAGACAAGCAAGUGAAAUACAUGGAACAACUGUAGACAUGCUCUGUGCAAACAACAAUGAUUCAUCAAGUCCUGGAUUUGACAUAGUUAACGUGUAUCGUAAUAUCAGUGAUGCAACAAAGAACACCACAGCACUGGGUCCAUAUACACUGCAGCCGGGCAGCCUCUAUGUAAAUGGCUAUAAUGAGAGUCCUGCUGUUACAGCUGCUCCAACAACUUCUCAGCCAGCAGUGACGGCUCAGCUAUUUACUGUAAAUGUCACGUUUACCACCCUGCUAUUUACUACCGACCUAAAUAAUCCUUUGUCAAGUGUCUACAACGCUACGGUGACAAAUCUAACUCAAAUGAUAAAUGACCUGCUUAAAGCCAGUGACAUCAAAAAUUCUUUCAUUGGUUGCCAGAUUGAAGCAUUAAGACAAGCAAGUGAAAUACAUGGAACAACUGUAGACAUGCUCUGUGCAAACAACAAUGAUUCAUCAAGUCCUGGAUUUGACAUAGUUAACGUGUAUCGUAAUAUCAGUGAUGCAACAAAGAACACCACAGCACUGGGUCCAUAUACACUGCAGCCGGGCAGCCUCUAUGUAAAUGGCUAUAAUGAGAACCCUGCAGUUACAGCUGCUCCAACAACUUCUCAGCCAGCAGUGACGGCUCAGCUAUUUACUGUAAAUGUCACGUUUACCACCCUGCUAUUUACUACCGACCUAAAUAAUCCUUUGUCAAGUGUCUACAACGCUACGGUGACAAAUCUAACUCAAAUGAUAAAUGACCUGCUUAAAGCCAGUGACAUCAAAAAUUCUUUCAUUGGUUGCCAGAUUGAAGCAUUAAGACAAGCAAGUGAAAUAAGUGGAACAACUGUAGACAUGCUCUGUGCAAACAACAAUGAUUCAUCAAGUCCUGGAUUUGACAUAGUUAACGUGUAUCAUAAUAUCAGUGAUGCAACAAAGAACACCACAGCACUGGGUCCAUAUACACUGCAGCCGGGCAGCCUCUAUGUAAAUGGCUAUAAUGAGAACCCUGCAGUUACAGCUGCUCCAACAACUUCUCAGCCAGCAGUGACGGCUCAGCUAUUUACUGUAAAUGUCACGUUUACCACCCUGCUAUUUACUACCGACCUAAAUAAUCCUUUGUCAAGUGUCUACAACGCUACGGUGACAAAUCUAACUCAAAUGAUAAAUGACCUGCUUAAAGCCAGUGACAUCAAAAAUUCUUUCAUUGGUUGCCAGAUUGAAGCAUUAAGACAAGCAAGUGAAAUAAAUGGAACAACUGUAGACAUGCUCUGUGCAAACAACAAUGAUUCAUCAAGUCCUGGAUUUGACAUAGUUAACGUGUAUCGUAAUAUCAGUGAUGCAACAAAGAACACCACAGCACUGGGUCCAUAUACACUGCAGCCGGGCAGCCUCUAUGUAAAUGGCUAUAAUGAGAACCCUGCAGUUACAGCUGCUCCAACAACUUCUCAGCCAGCAGUGACGGCUCAGCUAUUUACUGUAAAUGUCACGUUUACCACCCUGCUAUUUACUACCGACCUAAAUAAUCCUUUGUCAAGUGUCUACAACUCUACGGUGGCAAAUCUAACUCAAAUGAUAAAUGACCUGCUUAAAGCCAGUGACAUCAAAAAUUCUUUCAUUGGUUGCCAGAUUGAAGCAUUAAGACAAGCAAGUGAAAUACAUGGAACAACUGUAGACAUGCUCUGUGCAAACAACAAUGAUUCAUCUAGUCCUGGAUUUGACAUAGUUAACGUGUAUCAUAAUAUCAGUGAUGCAACAAAGAACACCACAGCACUGGGUCCAUAUACACUGCAGCCGGGCAGCCUCUAUGUAAAUGGCUAUAAUGAGAACCCUGCAGUUACAGCUGCUCCAACAACUUCUCAGCCAGCAGUGACGGCUCAGCUAUUUACUGUAAAUGUCACGUUUACCACCCUGCUAUUUACUACCGACCUAAAUAAUCCUUUGUCAAGUGUCUACAACGCUACGGUGACAAAUCUAACUCAAAUGAUAAAUGACCUGCUUAAAGCCAGUGACAUCAAAAAUUCUUUCAUUGGUUGCCAGAUUGAAGCAUUAAGACAAGCAAGUGAAAUAAGUGGAACAACUGUAGACAUGCUCUGUGCAAACAACAAUGAUUCAUCAAGUCCUGGAUUUGACAUAGUUAACGUGUAUCAUAAUAUCAGUGAUGCAACAAAGAACACCACAGCACUGGGUCCAUAUACACUGCAGCCGGGCAGCCUCUAUGUAAAUGGCUAUAAUGAGAACCCUGCAGUUACAGCUGCUCCAACAACUUCUCAGCCAGCAGUGAUGGCUCAGCUAUUUACUGUAAAUGUCACGUUUACCACCCUGCUAUUUACUACCGACCUAAAUAAUCCUUUAUCAAGUGUCUACAACGCUACGGUGACAAAUCUAACUCAAAUGAUAAAUGACCUGCUUAAAGCCAGUGACAUCAAAAAUUCUUUCAUUGGUUGCCAGAUUGAAGCAUUAAGACAAGCAAGUGAAAUAAGUGGAACAACUGUAGACAUGCUCUGUGCAAACAACAAUGAUUCAUCAAGUCCUGGAUUUGACAUAGUUAACGUGUAUCAUAAUAUCAGUGAUGCAACAAAGAACACCACAGCACUGGGUCCAUAUACACUGCAGCCGGGCAGCCUCUAUGUAAAUGGCUAUAAUGAGAACCCUGCAGUUACAGCUGCUCCAACAACUUCUCAGCCAGCAGUGACGGCUCAGCUAUUUACUGUAAAUGUCACGUUUACCACCCUGCUAUUUACUACCGACCUAAAUAAUCCUUUAUCAAGUGUCUACAACGCUACGGUGACAAAUCUAACUCAAAUGAUAAAUGACCUGCUUAAAGCCAGUGACAUCAAAAAUUAUUUCAUUGGUUGCCAGAUUGAAGCAUUAAGACAAGCAAGUGAAAUAAGUGGAACAACUGUAGACAUGCUCUGUGCAAACAACAAUGAUUCAUCAAGUCCUGGAUUUGACAUAGUUAACGUGUAUCAUAAUAUCAGUGAUGCAACAAAGAACACCACAGCACUGGGUCCAUAUACACUGCAGCCGGGCAGCCUCUAUGUAAAUGGCUAUAAUGAGAACCCUGCAGUUACAGCUGCUCCAACAACUUCUCAGCCAGCAGUGACGGCUCAGCUAUUUACUGUAAAUGUCACGUUUACCACCCUGCUAUUUACUACCGACCUAAAUAAUCCUUUGUCAAGUGUCUACAACGCUACGGUGACAAAUCUAACUCAAAUGAUAAAUGACCUGCUUAAAGCCAGUGACAUCAAAAAUUCUUUCAUUGGUUGCCAGAUUGAAGCAUUAAGACAAGCAAGUGAAAUGAAUGGAACAACUGUAGACAUGCUCUGUGCAAACAACAAUGAUUCAUCAAGUCCUGGAUUUGACAUAGUUAACUUGUAUCAUAAUAUCAGUGAUGCAACAAAGAGCACCACAGCACUGGGUCCAUAUACACUGCAGCCGGGCAGCCUCUAUGUAAAUGGCUAUAAUGAGAACCCUGCAGUUACAGCUCCUCCAACAACUUCUCAGCCAGCAGUGACGGCUCAGCUAUUUACUGUAAAUGUCACGUUUACCACCCUGCUAUUUACUACCGACCUAAAUAAUCCUUUGUCAAGUGUCUACAACGCUACGGUGACAAAUCUAACUCAAAUGAUAAAUGACCUGCUUAAAGCCAGUGACAUCAAAAAUUCUUUCAUUGGUUGCCAGAUUGAAGCAUUAAGACAAGCAAGUGAAAUAAGUGGAACAACUGUAGACAUGCUCUGUGCAAACAACAAUGAUUCAUCAAGUCCUGGAUUUGACAUAGUUAACGUGUAUCAUAAUAUCAGUGAUGCAACAAAGAACACCACAGCACUGGGUCCAUAUACACUGCAGCCGGGCAGCCUCUAUGUAAAUGGCUAUAAUGAGAACCCUGCAGUUACAGCUGCUCCAACAACUUCUCAGCCAGCAGUGACGGCUCAGCUAUUUACUGUAAAUGUCACGUUUACCACCCUGCUAUUUACUACCGACCUAAAUAAUCCUUUAUCAAGUGUCUACAACGCUACGGUGACAAAUCUAACUCAAAUGAUAAAUGACCUGCUUAAAGCCAGUGACAUCAAAAAUUCUUUCGUUGGUUGCCAGAUUGAAGCAUUAAGACAAGCAAGUGAAAUAAGUGGAACAACUGUAGACAUGCUCUGUGCAAACAACAAUGAUUCAUCAAGUCCUGGAUUUGACAUAGUUAACGUGUAUCAUAAUAUCAGUGAUGCAACAAAGAACACCACAGCACUGGGUCCAUAUACACUGCAGCCGGGCAGCCUCUAUGUAAAUGGAUAUAAUGAGAAUCCUACAGUAACAGCUCCUCCAACAACUUCUCAGCCAGCAGUGACAGUUAAAGUCUUUACUUUGAAUGUGACUCUUACUAACGUGUUAUUUACUGCUGACCUAAAUAAUUCUGCAUCAAGUAUUUACAAUUCUACAGUGACAAACCUGGCACAUUUGCUAGAUGAUCUGCUUAAAGCCAGUUCCAUCAACAGUUCAUUCCAUGGUUGUAAUAUUCAGGCAUUAAGGCAAGCAAGUGCUGAGAGUGGGACAACAAUUGAUGCUGUUUGCACCAUUAAGAAUGAUUCCUCAAGUCCUGGAUUUGACAAAGUUAAAGUGUAUCAUAACAUCAGUGCAGCUACAAACAAUGUCACAGCACUGGGCCCAUACAUCUUGCAGCCAGACAGCCUCUUUGUAGAUGGUUAUAAUGAGAAGAAUACAGUAACAGCAGCUCCAACAACUUCUCAGCCAGCAGUGACAGUUCAAGAAUUUACUUUGAAUGUGACUCUUACUAACGUGGCAUUUACUGCUGACCUAAAUAAUCCUGCAUCGAGUAUUUACAAUUCUACAGUGACAGACCUGACUCAUAUGCUAGAUGACCUGUUUAAAAGCAGCCCUGUCAACAAUUCAUUUGGUGGUUGCCACAUUCAGACAUUAAGGCAAGCUAGUGCUGUGAGUGGAACAACCAUCAAUGCUGUUUGCACUAUUAAGAAUGAUUCUACAAGUCCUGCAUUUGACAGAGUUAAAGUGUAUUAUGUCAUCAGUGCAGCAAUACUGAACAUGACAGCAGUGGGUCCAUAUACUCUGCAGCCAGACAGCCUCUAUGUAAAUGGUUAUAAUGAGAAGAGUGCAGUAACAAGUGCUCCAACAACUUCUCAGCCAGCAGUGACAGUUCAAGAAUUUACUUUGAAUGUGACUCUUACUAACGUGGCAUUUACUGCUGACCUAAAUAAUCCUGCAUCAAGUAUUUACAAUUCUACAGUGACAAACCUGACUCAUAUGCUAGAUGACCUGUUUAAAAGCAGCCCUGUCAACAAUUCAUUUGGUGGUUGCCACAUUCAGACAUUAAGGCAAGCUAGUGCUGUGAGUGGAACAACCAUCAAUGCUGUUUGCACUAUUAAGAAUGAUUCUACAAGUCCUGCAUUUGACAGAGUUAAAGUGUAUUAUGUCAUCAGUGCAGCAAUACUGAACAUGACAGCAGUGGGUCCAUAUACUCUGCAGCCAGACAGCCUCUAUGUAAAUGGUUAUAAUGAGAAGAGUGCAGUAACAAGUGCUCCAACAACCAUGAAAAUGAUUUACCAGACCUUUACCGUCAAUCUCACAAUAAAUAAUCUGCCCUUCCAACCUUCGCUAAAUUAUCCAACAUCCAGUUUCUUUUUGUCUGCAGUGGAGAACAUAGUUUUUCUGUUAGAAAAAACAUUUAACAGCACUUCUAUUAAGAACAGUUUUGAUGGAUGUGAAAUAGAUGGAUUCAGAAUGGAAAGUCAAGGCACUGGAACUGUUGUCAAUGCCGUCUGCAAAAUUAGGAAUGAUUCGAUAAGCUCAACAUUUAACAGAGUUAGCGUGUACCAAGAAUUUAGUCUUAACACACAGAACAUAACCAAAAUGGGUGUAUAUAUACUUGAAAAUGACAGCCUCUAUAUAGACGGUUAUAAUGAAAGAAAUCCACCAGGUCCAUACUACCAGAAUUUCACAGUAAAUGUCACUGUAACAAACCUCGCAUUCGUACCUGAGAUGAAUGAUCCUACUUCCAACUACUACAAAUCUGCAACAAAGAAUAUCAUUUUUAUGUUUGACAACAUUUUCAAGAACAGCAGUAUUAAUGACACAUAUGUUGACUGUCGUAUAGACAAAUUCAGUAGUAGUUCAGCAUCAUCUGCCACUACAGUGAAUGCUGUCUGCAAAAUUAAGAGUUCUCCAUCAAGUACUGCUUUUGACAGAGUUAAAGUCUACCGAGAAUUUAGCCGUAACAGCAACAAUCUUACUGUUAUGGGGGUGUAUCAGCUUCAGAAUGACAGUUUAUAUAUAAAUGGUUAUAAUGAAAGAUAUCCAGUUACACCAGUAUCGGUAGCUACAACUGCAGAGGCGCCAAUCAUUGCGGUCACAAAUGCACCAGUGCAGAACACAAUGCUUCAGGACUUCAGAGUGAACUUCAGUAUUACAAACCUCUACUACACUUUGGCGUUCCAAGACCCUUCCUCAAAAAUAUACCAGUAUGAUGCAGAAAACAUUGCUUCACUGGUUGCUGGAGCACUUGAUUCAACUACUGUAAGAAACAACUGCAAGGGUUGCACACUAAUCUCAUUCAGGCCAGAACAAGGUGCUUCCUAUACCUCAGUGAGUCUAACUUGCAAAUUCCAGCCUGAUAACAUCAACAGAGUUUUCAACGAGACACUUUUUUACAGAGAGCUGAAAACCGUUACUAGUGGCUUUACUAACCUGGGUACCUAUGACCUCCUGGCUGACAGUCUAUUUGUAAAUGACUAUAGGGAACUAACUGCUACCUCUGCAGCCCCCACUACAACUAUCUCAGUUGCACAAAACAUGGCAUAUAAUAUCGAUUUCACAAUCACAAACUUCAAUCUUACAUCAGAAGACCCCAACUCAGAGGAAUAUAAAGCUUUUCAAGCAAACAUCAGAAGCAAGCUUCAAGACUUAUUCAACUCCAGUAGUUUAAAGAAUGGAUUUCUCUACUGUAAUGUCACAAAUCUAAAGACUGGCUCUGUUGUUGCAAGCUCCACUUGUUUUUUCAAAGGCAGUACACCAGGCAUAAAUAGCAGUACAGUUCAUAAUGCAUUUUCUGAAGGAACAAAUGGCACUGAUUCACUGGGGGGCUACUAUCAACUGAAAUCACGCUCCUUAUCAGUACGAGAUAUUUCUACAAGCGAAGCACAGCCAGUUCAAACACCAUAUGAAUUUCCGAACUGGGCAAUAAUCCUGAUAGCAGUAGCUGCUUUUCUGGUUCUUGCUCUGCUGUUCCUUUGCUGCUUGUUGAUUCCAUUUUGUUUAAGGAGGAAGAUGAGUGGUUAUAACAUGGAGCAGAGUAUAUAUGGUCAAUACUUUUCUCAUUUAGAUUUCCGGAAGCUUUACUAAGGAGACGGACUGUAUUCCAUCAUCACUUCAAAUAAUGAUACGUAUUUAAAAUAAAACAAUGAAAAAAAUCAGAAAUGUAUGCCAUAACCAGUCCUUCAUCUUCUAAAAGUGUAUUUAUGGUUUCAUUUAUUAUGAAGUCAUUUCCCAGUAAUAGCCAUGUUUGUUAUCUAAACUUAAAUGCCACAUUGCUGUACAUGCUACAAUGAUGUUCAGAUGAUUUUAUGAUCAGAUAGCAGCAACCUCGCACAACAAAAAAGUAUUAAGUAUACAAUGUACUUUAAUCUAUCAUUAUGAAGAUAAUCCCUGGGGAUUAAUAACACCUACACUAAGUGUAUACUAAGUGAACAGAUAACACAGACAUAAUUAACACACCUUCUUCCUCCUAAUUUUAGUUUUCCUACUGAUAUUCUUGCAGUUUAAAUAUUUUCAG